GACACCGGCAUAGAUAAUACCAACGUAGGACGCCGGGAACGGAAUUUGACACCAUUUUGUACGGAAGUUGUGUGUUCGUGGGUUCUUUCCAAGAAUUACUUUUUCAAAGUGGAAGGAUCUGAAAAUAAAAGCGAUAUGUCGUAUGGACGAAAUGAGUGUAGGAUUUAUGUCGGAAAUCUUCCACCAGAUAUCAGAACGAAGGAUAUCCAAGACUUAUUUUACAAAUUUGGGAAAGUUACAUUUGUAGACUUGAAGAAUAGACGAGGCCCACCUUUUGCAUUUGUUGAAUUUGAGGAUCCAAGGGAUGCAGAGGAUGCUGUUCAUGCUCGUGAUGGUUAUGAUUACGAUGGCUAUCGACUGCGCGUGGAGUUUCCUCGAGGUGGAGGACCAGGUGGCUUCAGAGGAAGCAAUCGUGGUGGUGGUGGUGGUGGAGGAGGUGACAGAGGUGGCAGGGGCAGGGGACCUCCAGCGAGGCGUUCCCAGUACAGAGUUCUUGUGACAGGAUUACCACCAUCAGGAAGUUGGCAAGAUUUGAAAGACCACAUGCGUGAGGCUGGUGAUGUUUGUUUUGCUGAUGUUUUCAAAGAUGGCACUGGUGUUGUCGAAUUCUUGCGCUAUGAAGAUAUGAAGUAUGCUGUAAAGAAGUUGGAUGAUUCCAGAUUUCGUUCCCAUGAGGGUGAAGUAUCAUACAUCCGGGUUAAGGAGGACUAUGGCGGUAGUGGCAGUGGCGGUCGAGGGAGUGGAGGGGGAGGCCGGUCUCGCAGUCGCAGCUACUCUCCGCGGCGACGUGGCUCUCCCACUUACUCCCCGGUUCGACGCAGCUUCUCCCGUUCGCGAUCAAGGUCGCGAUCUCGCUCCUACAACUGAACUUCUGCUGUUGCCCGUUGGUGUUCCACCGAGAUGAAAAUGAUGAAGAGAUGUAGCUGUGGAUAGAGAGAUGAUUGGUGUAAGACUACCACAGUUCAUAUUUGGGUCAAUUUGCAUUUUGAGUUGUGGGGCUAGGGAACAGUUUCAGAAUUGAAGUGACAUCCACAUUGAGUACAGUAAGCAUUCCUAGAGACAAAACAUCAGAGACUCACUAGUGAAUACAUCAGAUUAUCUUUGUUUAACUAAUAGGCCAAAUUUUAUAAGAAUUUGUAAUGGGCACGGAAUGUAUGUAUUCUUUCUGUCAUAAGUUUUAAAUUUAUGUAAAGGAGUGGUGCAAGGCUUCGGCCUUCCUCUCACUCCAUACUCAAAUAUUGAAGAUUGUUCUAAUGUUUUUUUUCUUCUCUUUUUUUACACCGUUUGGAUAGCAAUUGUAAACGGAUGUGGCAACGUUUCCCAUUAAAGGAUGAUAUCUUAGUAAUCACUUGGAUUCAAGAGGAGGAUAAGGAUGGAUGAUAGGAGAACCAAUUUUUUGCAUGGAUAUGGAACGUCCUUGGAUUCAUUUGGAUCAAAGGAUUUCCUGCCACGUUGGAUGGAAAAGGGACCAAAAUAUAUAAAUAUAAUUCGAAUUUCAAUUAGUUCGAAUUUUUAUUGGAUUUCUUCGUUGGAUUGGAGAAAAGGGAUAACAGGAUGAAUUGGAAUUUGGAUUUCUUUUCCAUGCAUUCAAAAUGGAUUUCCUUGACGUCAGGAGUUGGAUCACAUGGAUUCACGAGGGAAAUGAAGCCAGGAUUCGGGAUAAUUUUUUGUCAGAUCAUUGCAUAUCUUAUGGUUAGGAGGAUAAAGCUAAUUGUUAAUAAAACUUUACACUCAAAUAUUCUGGAUCUCGGGGAGGAGGCACUGGCCAGGAUUCUGGACAACUUUGCUGUUGGAUUUGUGUUGAUCUGCCUACAAGGUCUCAAAGACACUUAUUGAUUGGCAGUAACGCCAUUUGGAGUUGAUCCCAACUAUUUCAGGAUUCUGGGCGGCUUUUCCCCAUUGGAUUUACGUGCAUCUUAGGAAAGGAUAAAACUGUAGUGCAUUCAAGGAAUUUUGGACAACCAGAACAAUGGAUAAUCGUGGGAUAAAGAAGCCAGGAUUCUGAAAAUUUGAUGUUGGAUUCAUACAGACUGUAGGAACUUGUGAGGAUUCUUUUGCAAUAGGCACCUUUCUGUUGGAUACGUUGACGCAGGACGAUGCUCUGACUUGCAUGACUGGAUGGAAGUAGGACCACCAUUUAGGGAUGGAGGUAUGUCUUCACAUUUAUUUUUAUAUGUUAGAUGGGGUGGGGGGAAAGGGUUUGUGUAUAGAACCCACACUUGUAUGAUACAGGAGUGUCCACUGAAAAAAUGCAUGUCACGUAGACUAACGUCUAGCCUGCCUUCUUGCUUGAUUUGGUACACAGGGCUUGCAAAAACCUAUGACCAUUUAUGGCUGAGAAUUUGAAUAUGAUUUUGAAAUUGUUGAGUGAGGUUGUUUAUCUGUUACUAUAAUUAUCCAAACAGUAUGCACAUCUUUUCUCUGAAUUUUUGCCUAGAAAUUACUGGUUGCACAUCAGAUUGAGGGAUUAGAUUUGGAUAGCGCAGAAUAUUUCGUAUUGGAAUGUACAAGGGAGAGCAAUGCGAGUAGCACUUUGUUGGCAUGAGCGUUUUUGCAAUGUCUACAUGUGUGAAGUACGAAGCUUGACCUUUAGACUUUCCCUUCUUUUCUUGCAGCAGAAAGUAAGGAACAGGGUGUGUUAUCAGUUAUCAAUCACAGAAAGACAGUCAUCACUAUGUACAACAUUCAGAGCCACACUUUCUUCAUUUAAACUGGAUUUUCAUUACUGUUAAUGGUGAACUGUAAUUGUUCUGUUAAAGUUCAUUUACUAAGCAUUUGAAUGAACUUGGAUUAUUUUGUUACAUCUUGGGUUUACGCAACGGGACACCAAAGCAGGUACUUACUAAUCAAGAAACUGUUGAAACUUGGAGGGGUGGGGGGGUGUUUGAUCAGUUUUAAAGUGUUUGUAAAUUUAUGUAGGCAGUAUUUUAUGCCUAGAGUUUAUGAUUUGGAAAGUAUUGUUCUCUCCAUGAGUUGUGGUAGCACUGUUUACGUUUGUAAGUCAGAAGAUUUGUUGUACACUUGAAGAACAGGAGUACGUGUCAUCAUUGCCAGAUCUGCAGUUGAUCCAUGCUGAUAACUUCUUGAAAAAACUGUUAUUUUGCCAUCUAAAAUAUCAAAAACUUUGUCAUGUGGGAGUAUUGAAUUUAAAUCCUGAUUCUAUGGGGCUGAUGGCUGGAUUUCAACUCCACGGUUUACAGUUUAGUGGUAUGCUGCAGUGACAUACUGCUGGGCGGACUGCUUGUAAGCUGCAACAUACAGUCAGUAAACAUUAAAUGCGUUUUACCAUACAUACAUUUCAGGAUCUUUUUAUAGUUAUUGGGGAUUUUUUAUACUGUUGAUGUUUUUGUUUCUUGUGCCACAUGUGUGGCACGUGUUUAGUGCAAGAGUGGGCUCUGCAUCUCUCUCCCCUGGUUCAGUUGGUGGAGUGUGCUAUGGGUGGCAAAGGACCCAUAUGUGAUCAGCACUCUCCUUCAGGGUCUUAUCGUAUAAAGAUGUUCUCUCAUGGUUACUACAAAUUACAUUUGCUCGUUUCUUAUGUAGGAUGGAGAGUAUGAAAUUUGUUUGUUGUGUUGUGAUACUGUGAUCUUGUAGGUAAAGACCAUCGUUUUGGAGGAGUGUACUGCUUCCAUCUUCAAGGCUGAAGAUGUAGUCUGCAUUGCAUUAAAGCUUAGCACAAAUUACAGCUCUGAAGCCUUCUUCCUACCCUGCCAUUAUUUUUUCAUGCGCAAAUCAAGAUGGAAACUGACAUUGUAUUGGUGUAACUUGGUCAUAUGGUUUCUGAAGCCCUGCCCGCUUAUACAGACUAGCUGUUGCAUGUUUCGAGGUCUGUAACAUAAGUCAGUUUUGCAUGGUCUCUUUGUCGUUGGUGAUUGUGCCAUCUGUUUCUUUAUUGCGAUAUCAGGAGAAUGGUGAGUAGAAAGUGUUUAAGCAAUUUCCAGGCUUUGUGUUGUUGGGGAUUCAUUUUGAGGCUGUCAGGGUGUCAAGUUUUUUACAGUCUAAAGCAUAAAUCUAAAAAAUCAAUGCUUAACAAGAUAGGUGUCUGCUGAUACAUAAAGUGCAUGUGGACCUGAACGACAUGACAGAAUGGCUGCAAAAAUUUGCAUGUGUCUGAGGUAAACGGAAGUGAAACAAGGUAAGAAUGGAACAGAUGCAUCAUCUAAAGGGUCUACAUCAUCACAUGGAGAAGCGUGUUGGAAAGUGUUCCCUUGUCCAGUAAGUGCUUUUUUUUCAUCACAUUCCUUACAAACAUCCUGUAUUAAUUUGCUACCCAAGUUUUUACAGUUAUAAAAUGAGUUCUACAAAAUAUUUGUAUAAGUACAAUUUUUUCUACAUGUUUUAUAUUUACGAAGGCGGAUCUGGCGGUCUACAGCUGACCUGGCGUGGUGGAAUUUGCAUUCGGUAGUUUUCCUUCAGUACCAUUUUUAUGUUGAUGUCAAAUCAUCUUUACAGUUUUUGAAGUGGCCAACACAUUUUCCCCUAAAAAAUUCUUUGUUGUUGUUUCGUGAUUUCCUCAUGUAGAUCACAUGCCCCCCGACUGUAAUCACUUUUAUUGCGCUAACAAUAUAGGUGGGAGUGUUUCUAAUGUCUUCCAAUGUCGCGUAAUUUUGCCUCUUGGGUUUGUAUUGGCCUUCAGAUAAUUACCAAUAUUCUUAAUAUAAGGGGCAUGUCCCAUAACCAUCAAAACUGUACAUAUGCAAAGUUUAGUCUGCAUCUUAGUGUUCAUUGCUUUUUAAAGGCGGUGGAGUUUCUUAAAUAAUGAAUACUGACAAGCAUUUCCUGCAUUUGUGAAGUUUUAAUUGCGAUUUUGUUGAUGUGAAUGUCCACAGCUUCCUGUCAUGUGACAUUUCUUCCUCUUCCUUUACAGAUAUGCUGUCUUCAUAUCCCAAAGUGUCUAAUUUAGUUUUGAAAAUAUCUGUAAAAAAUGAAGCAUGGUACAAUUAAAAAAUGUACAGAAUUGUAGGAAGGAAAAUGAGAAGGGAAGAUGUGAUCUGGGAGACCUAGGCAUAGAUGGGAGGAGCUUAAAGAAGUAGAGUUUGAUGUUGUGGAUUGGAUUUAUCUGCCUCACUAUAGGGUACAAUGACUGUCUUGUUUUCUUUUACCAUGGGUAGCCUUAUACUAAAGCAUUGAAGGGACGCACCACCAAAACUCCAGUUGUAUGACAAGCAGCGCUAGUAAUAAGAACGGUUUCUACCGGGCGUAGGCUAUGACAGAUAAUUUUUAUUAAUUUCAUAUAAUUCAAUGUAUUUGAACCUAAUACUUCACAGUGAUGAACAUACAGAAGGUGACCUAAUUCACUAAAUUGUCUGUACAUAAUAAUCAAAUGUGAAGUGGUAAUGGAUGGAAAUACAAAUUAUAAUUUGAAUAUUAGAUGGUUUGAAGUUUGAAUUACAAUACUGUAGUUGAGUGACAGAUUCUUGUGAAUACAGUAACAAAACUUGGGCUUCAUAGGGUCUAAUUGAAAUGCGUCAAUUAUGUUCAUUGUAAUUAAAAAUACGAGAAGAGAAGGAAUGAUUUCCAGCGAUCUGUGUUGCUCUGCUGCUUCCUACUUGCAUUCCACAUUGUGUGAAUUGCAGCAUCUCUUAAAUUGCUCAGAACAUAAGUCGGUACCAUGCAUUAGGUCUGCUUGUUUAAUGUAGAUUUAGUUUGAAAAAAAAAUACACAUUUUUUGCAUCUUGCUUGCUGAAUUCUAUCGAUAAUUUCAGCUAUUCUUCGUAACAUUUGCAUGUUACUGAAUAUUCUAGUUAGUACAUGGCACUGUGAGUAAUUGCAGUGUCAGAUAACACUAAUUUUGCAGGAACUUAGGGACAUUUCAGCUACUGUGUUUUAGAAGGAUGUUGACAAUCAUUUUGAGAACACAGCGAUGUAAUCUUAUAAGUACCCAAUUCCAGGAUGUUAUUACAUAGAACAAACCUGACUUUUUCAUUUUCAGAAGUUCAAAGUAUUUUGAAUGGAAACAAAUGUAAAAUUGCCAUUAAUAAACAGAAAUUAAUCAUAACAGUUUGCUUAAGUGUUCUUUUGUUUUGUACUGUUCUUCCUGAAAUGUAUCCGAAAAGGAACAUUUCUGACAUAAUUGAGAAAGAAGUUGAAUAGUAUUCCUACUAAAUUAAGAAUUUGUGAUUUAUGUUAGUAAAGCGUGAAAUAUCUCAAACCAUGGACUGAUGAAAGUAUAAAAAAAUUUCAUUAUUAAUUCCUUGUACAAGUCUUUGUGAGUUGCAUGAUGAGGUGUGCAGGUGAUCUGUUGCAGAAAUUCAUUCUUGUUCUCCAAAUGGCCAUUUCUUCCAUCUUUAUGGAAUUGAAAGAUUUUUGCCAUUAUAGAUUUCUGAGGUUCUGGAACAAUUGCAGCAAACCUGCAAAAAAGAGAUGGAAUCAAGCUGAACUUUAUUCUUUUAGGUGACCUUUUACCUGUAACAGAAUACAAUUCAUUCUAUGACAAGGGAGCAUAAACAGCUGUACUGUUUUUAGGUUAAAAAACAGGCGAAAUCUGUUGAGCAAUGCUAUGCUUGUAGACGAACACACACAAGUGUGCCAAAAGAAUUGUACAUUUAUAAUGGAGGUAUUAGGUGUCUGUGGGUUGGGCUGUUUAGAUAUGCUUUGAAAUAUAAUUUUUGGCAACAUUUUGUAUGCAUUUAUAUUUUCUCUUGUGAUUGCUGUUUGUAUGAAUCAUCCACUUCGAGUUCAAGUUAUGAAACGCCUCAGUCUGUAAUCUAAAUAUGGAAUAUGUUACAAAAGUCAGCCGUGCGUGAACCUUUAACUGAGACUGCAACAGGUUUUGAGAAGUGUACCCUCUGGUAGAUGCAUGGGCAUUAUUCUAGAAUCUCAAGAUUUGUUCAGUAGUUUUAUAUUUAAUUAUAGUUCAUUUAACAAUGCUGAGUGUAGAAUGAUAAUUCACAAUGAAUUGGAGUGGAUGUGGAAGGAAGUGGUCAUGACCUGUGUGAACUGAGGAGAACUAUGAAAAACUCAAUAUAGCUGGUGUGCGGGCUGAGAUUUGAACCUGGGACCUCCAGAAUAUGAAGCAGUUGUGCUGAUCACUUGGUAAUAGUGUUUGUAUGCGUACAGUUGUUGGUUGCAGUAAUUGUGGCCAGAUCAGCAAUAAUAAAGACUUGUGUCAAGAA